AUGGUCGUCUCCGACAGACAUCUCAUAUGGCACCCGCGCGGACAAAACAAGUUUAUUGUCGGUGGAAGCACACAAAUCACUCUCUACGAAUGGUUUCCAGAGUCGUCAGAGAUCAAGCAGGUUGCAUCGCAGCUCGAGCUCAACCAGAUGAAGUGCUUUUCGUGGUCUCCAGACACCGUCUUUGAUGACCUCAUUGCCGUCGGGUUCAGCAACGGCCGCGUCGACCUCCUCCGCUUCGAAGCCUCACGCCGAGCCCACACCAGCGCAGCCGUUUCCCUUCCCCCACGCAACACGCGCGCGUGCAACGCCCUCGCCUUCUCCCCCUCGAACCCCAACUACCUCGCCGUCGGUCUCGACAAGGUGCGCAACGACCCCAGUCUCGUCAUCUGGGACAUCAACUCCGCCCUUCCCGCCCUCUCCCUCGAUCCGUCCUCCAACGAGGACCGCGACGGCAAAGUUCUCCCCACCCUUCCUCGUGGCGAUGCCGCACCACGUACCAGCGCAGAGUCGCGCGUCGUCCAACAGCAUGCACCUGCGGAGGUUGUGUCCACCCUCGCCUGGGUCCCCAACAACCCCCAGCUACUGCUCGCCGGCAUCUCCCACCGCUGGCUGCAGCUCUUCGACCUGCGCACCGUGGUCGCGUCAUCCCUCAAGGCGGCUAGUAAGGUGCAUGGUAUCGCCACGGACCCAUUCGACCCGCACCGCGUCGCAUGCUACAGCGAAGGAACUGUCGCGAUCUGGGACAUCCGGCGGUUCACACAGCCCGUCCUCACCUUCACGGCCAAAGACGCGUCGGCGGACGGAGGAGACGCGCCCGCCGCGGUGUCGGCCUCUGGUCGCGGCAAGAAUACGUCGCACGCAGCUGCCACGAUUCCCUUCGCCCACGUCGAGUUCUCGUCCUCGCGAAGAGACACCCUGGCCACGCUCGAGCGCGACGCAAGCUACGUCAGGUUCUGGGAUGUGCGGCAGGCGCACGGGAGGUCAAGGGAGUCGUCGCAGUCGGGAGGGAAGACGCCGUGGGCAGGCGCGAGUUCCGGUACGAGUCAGCCAUCUCCACCUCCCGCGACGAACCUCGGCGACCCCCCACCAUACCAUCUCAUCCUUGCGGACACGCGACGGACGAAGACGUUCGCCCGCCCGUUCACCUCGUUUGCCCUCCUACCUGCGGCCACUUCUUGCCCCCUUACUUCCGACGUCAUCCUUGUCAACAAAGAUGGAGACCUCGAACUUGCAAGAGUCGUCUCUGGGAUCACCGACCUCUCUCCUCCUCGAGAACCAUGGGAACUUCUUGCUGCACGACAGUCGCAACCAAGCUCUCGCGCGUAUUCGAUGGAGCGACCAGAGUUUGGCGACGGCGUGUCGGUCGCGUCGCGGAACCAGUUCGACUCCCCGACGCCUUCAGUUCCUCCAGCAACGUUUGGGCGGGGAGAUGAAGACGGGUUCCCGCGCUUAGCCCGGCGCCCACCUCUACUGACGAUAACAUUUCCACUGGACGGCGAAGACGGGCACCGCCGACAUCGAACGUCACCAGCCGUCAUGGCGCUACAACAUGUACUCGAGUCCGACAUCUCGAUGUUGAUGCGUCGACGCGCAAUGCUCGCGUAUGGCCUCACUGAUCCGCUAUACAACUCAUCUGUCGCCCGCGCAGUCACUCCAGAGGAUCAUACUCUGUCAGAGAUGUGGUUAUGGAUCCAUCAUUCUCAACGCCUGCUCUCAUCUCCAUCAUCCGUCGUGGAGGGCUACAACUUUUCCUACCAGGGUCUCUCGGGUAUUUGGGAAGGUUUCAAGCCCGUCCGGCCCGCCCCACCGUCGGGGCAACCAACCCCACGCAUGGAACCAGCAGCCACGUCCAACAUGCCUGACGACUUCCUUGCUGCGAUCGAAGAGCUGAACGCGCGCACUCGUCUCGCGCAACGUCGCUUCGCCCUCGCACAGGACGACCUGGCGCGUGCGAUCAAGCGCUGGGAGAAGGAGGGCAAGCACACGCAAGCAGCCUGCUGGCUGGUGUUCACCGAGCAGCACAAGGCCGCGAUCGACCUCCUGAUGCGCAGCACGGACGACGCGCACCACAUGAUGUCCGGGAUGCUGGCCGCCCUCACCGCCGUGUCCUCCUCCGCGCGCAGCCCGGAACUCGUGCAGCACUGCGAACGCCUCGUCGUGCGCCUCCAAGACCCGUACCUGCGCGCGCUCCUCACCCAGCUCACGGUGCGCGACUGGACGGACGUGCUGGAAGAGGACGUGCUGCCCCUCCGUGAACGUCUCGCGAUCGCGUUCCACUUCCUCGACGACAAGGAGCUCUCCGCCUUCCUGCGGCGCGUCGCGGACCGCGCAGUGCACGACGGAGACGCGCUCGGCCUCCUGGUCACCGGACUCGCGGGGCCGCCUGGGAUCGCUCUGCUCGACGCGUACGUCGACAGCUCCGGGGACGUCCAGACCGCCGCGCUGCUUGCGAGCCUGCCGCCGUCGCUGGCGCGCGAUUCGCGCGGGGCGCGGUGGAUGACUGCAUACCGCGACCUCCUCGACGGGUGGCGCUUCUUCCACCAACGGUCGCACCUCGACAUCGAACGCGGGCGCAUCCUGCGCGAUGCGAUCGAUUUGGGCGAGAUCGCGCCGUUCGAGUGGGCGCCGCGGCAGAUCCUUCUGCGGUGUAACUACUGCAACAAGCCGAUGGACGCGGCCGCACCAUCCGAAGGACAACCGAGGAAAAUGCUGUGCCCGAACUGCAGUAAACCACUUCCACGGUGCUGUGUUUGUCUGAUGACGCUUAACCUCGCACCCGAGACCGCAAAGGGGUCGCAUGCGUAUGCUGCGCUGCCGUCAGAUACUGUCCAAGAAGCCCUCGUUUUCUGCCAGACGUGCCGACACGGCGGGCACGCGUCGCACAUCCUGGAGUGGUUCUACGGCGAAGGGGGUGCGACUUCGCGGGCGCACGGGACGUGUGCGGUUGCUGGCUGUGACUGUCGAUGUUCGGAUGGGCUAUGA